AUGGCUCAGUCGCCGAUGCUCUCGUGUCCGCUGAAGCAGACCAACGAGAUUGAUUGGAUCCAGCCCCUCAAGGAUUACAUUCGACAGAGCUAUAAGCAGGACCCCGAGCUAUACAAUAAAGAAUGCGCGACUCUCAACCGGCUUCGCCAGGACAUGAGGGGCGUAGGAAAAGACAGCGCUAUCGGUCGUGAUCUGUUGUAUCGAUACUACGGUCAGCUGGAGCUGCUGGACCUGAGGUUCCCCGUCGAUGACAACCAUGUCAAAAUCUCCUUCACAUGGUACGAUGCUUUCACUCAUACGUCUACCUCUCAAUUCUCCCUGGCCUACGAAAAGGCCUCCAUCAUCUUUAACAUCGCCGCAAUCCUAUCUUGUCAUGCUGCCAACCAGAGCCGGGCUGGCGAUAAUGGCCUCAAGACCGCCUAUCACUCUUUCCAGGCAUCCGCUGGGAUGUUUACAUAUAUUAAUGAGAACUUCUUACAUCCGCCAUCAACCGACCUGAAAGGGGACACCGUCAAGACACUGAUACACGUCACACUUGCUCAAGCCCAAGAGAGGAAGCCUGGGCUGUUAGCCAAGCUGGCUGGGCAAGCAGCGCAUCUCUACUCACAGAGUGCCGAGAUAAUGCAAAAUUCGGCCGACAAGAACGUGUUUGACAAGGUCUGGACGAUUGUUGUGCAGGCCAAGGCAGCACAUAUGGGAUCAGUAGCAUCAUAUUAUCAAGCGGUUGCGGACAGUGAAACUGGAUCUCACGGAGUUGCUAUUGCUCGUUUACAGAUGGCUGAUAAGCAGUCUGCCACUGCUCUAAGCUGGGCAAAGACAUUCCCCUCGUCACCUCCAGUGAGUGCCAGCCUGACGGCAGAGUCAGGGUCCAGUCUCUUGGACCUUAUCAAGCAUAAUCAGGCAAAUGUGCAAACUUUACUCACCACCAUGGUCAAAGACAAUGACUUCAUCUACCAUCAACCAGUGCCUAAUGAGGCUGGUCUUUCACCCGUUGCCAGGGUUGCUGCUGCUAAGGCGAUCCCGGUUAGUGAAUUGUACCAGGGACAAGACAUCCAGCGCAUCAUUGGGCCGGACAUCUUCAUAAACCUGGUGCCUGAUAGAGUAACUGAGAUCGUCAGUCGCUAUUACGCGAAAAAGGACCAGUUGCUUCGAGAGGAAACUGAAAAGGCCGAAAAGGCCAAGAGUGUGAUGCUCACUUGGUUGGACGACCUCAAACUGCCAGGCAUUCUCGAUAUCUGGAAGGGAGGCAUGAACCAAGACAUGCCAGUGGACGAGAACUUCCGUCGAUGGUGCUCAGAACUUGCUGGCCACAGUCCCUUCCGGAGGGCAUUUGACGAGUUGCAGGAUCGCAAGGCAGAAGUGCUAUCCCAAUUAGACCAGUGCUCGAAACAGCUAGAUCUGGAAGAGAGCGUGUGUGAGAAGAUGCGCUCAAAGUACGGAGCGGAUUGGAGCCAGCAGCCCAGCUCUCGACUCAAUACCACGCUUCGAGGGGAUGUUCGAUCAUAUCGAGAUACUGUCAAUGAGGCCAGCGCGAGUGAUUCUCAGUUGUCUUCCACACUUCGGCAGUAUGAGAGCGAUUUUGAUGAGAUGCGAUCUGCUGGCGAAACAGAUGAGGCUGAUGUUCUCUUCCAGCGAGCCUUGAUCAAAGCCCGUUCGAGGCAUGGUAAGAGCAAAAACGGUAUCACCAGUCCGGCAGAAGGUACUCUGCUAGAUGAUGUCCAUGAUGAGGGUAGUGCCUCUGUUGCAGAGCAGAUUGCCCAGGUGGAGUGGUUUUUAAAGAAAUUGAACUCCGUGGAGGUAGAGCGGUCCACCAGUCUGUCAGAUCUCAGAGACCAGGUCCGCAAAGAUGACAUCACGAAUGAAGUGAUUCUAAACCAGAAGUUGAUUGUCGGCCGAGAACCCGAAUUCUUCAAGGAAAGGUUGGAGAAGUUCUAUCCGUAUCAGCAAAGACUUGUGAAGGCGAAUAUCGCAGAAAACAAUUACAUGAAUGACCUCAAAAAGACAUACGAUAAGCUCCGCCAAGACAAAAGAGUUCAAUCUGAGAAUUCGAAGUACGAGUCUAUAACAAGACAACACAAUUCCGUGUUAGCUCGAUACAAGAAGGUCUACGAAGCAUUCUAUGGCCUCUCGUCGGGUAUCAAGCAAGCGCGAACUUUCUACAAGGACAUGGGUGAAAAUGUCGACAGUCUCCGCAAGAAUGUCGAAACCUUCAUCAACAAUCGCCGAUCAGAAGGUGCACAGCUUCUCAGCCAGAUCGAGCGUGACAAGGGCAUGAGUGAAAAUGUCGACACUUUCCGCAGGAAUGCUGAGAUCUCCAAUAAUCGCGACAAUUCCAGCGGUGUCUCAGAGCAAGAAGAUCGCGAGCGAGAGAAACUGCGCCAACUGAUGGAGCGUCUGUCAACGGAACCUAAGAGCUCCUCAACUUUACCCUCCACAGGGUCAGCAAAACCGCCUUCAAAGGUCAAGUCACCACCCCCGCCGGUUCAGACGCCGGCGUAUGGAACAACCGGUCCGUCUCCAAAGCCGUCACCCCGAUACCCGCCUACCAUGCCCGGCGUGCCCCUCUCGCACUCUCCAGCACCCUACGGGCAGUACAUGGGAGGUGGCCCAGGAACUUACCAAGCCCAGCAUUUCCAGCAAGGCGCCGCAGCUCCUUUAUCCGAGGGCUACAACCCCAUGGCAUAUCCUUACCAGACCCCCGUGUCCCCACCCCCGAACCAGCAAUUCUUCUCUCAAACCCCGGUCCCGUACGGCGGCUACUCAAAUUCCGGCACACCAGCUCCUGGCGCUGUACCUCAGUCAUCGCACUAUAUGGCUCCCCAGGGAUACAUUCCGCCUCCGCCUCCGCCGCGUCCCCAGCAGACAGCCUACCCUCCUACAGCAGGUGGUAUAUACCCCUCUGGUCCCGGUGGCUACGCGCAGAGCAGACAGUACGGGCACCACAAGGCCCCUUCGCAGUCGCAGUCACAGUCACAGCCACAGUCCGGUUCCUCCGCCGAUCCAUGGGCUGGUCUCAAUGCCUGGAAAUAA